CGGCGGAAACGGAAAGCUCUUCGGGAAGGAAGGAGUAGUGGCGUGUGAAUUUAGGUGUCGCUAGGUGAGCUGGUGUGAAGGGAGGCCGCUAGGGUCAGCUCGAUCCCGGUGGGAAAGGGAGGGGCCUGAGGACAGGGGUCCGAGUAGGAGGGGGCCAGUGGGCGGUAGCCGAAAUCUGACCGGCUUCGAAGGGCGGGGUCGCGACGCUCCAGAGGGCACGAGGCCCCGAGACCUGGGACUUAGCGGUAGCCGAUCCGUCGACCCUGAGCUCACGGGAGGGGAACCUCAAGGCCUCCGUCAUGGCGGUGCGAGCGUCUUUCGAGAACAACUGUGAGAUCGGUUGCUUUGCCAAACUCACCAACACCUACUGCCUGGUGGCCAUCGGAGGAUCAGAGAACUUCUACAGCGUGUUCGAGGGCGAGCUCGCCGAUACCAUCCCCGUGGUGCACGCGUCCAUCGCCGGCUGCCGCAUCAUCGGGCGCAUGUGUGUGGGGAACAGGCACGGGCUCCUGCUGCCCAACAACACCACUGACCAGGAGCUGCAGCACAUUCGCAACUGCCUCCCAGACUCAGUGCAGAUCCGGCGGGUGGAGGAGCGGUUAUCAGCCCUGGGCAAUGUUACCACCUGCAAUGACUAUGUGGCCUUGGUCCACCCAGACCUGGACAGGGAGACAGAAGAAAUCCUGGCUGAUGUGCUCAAGGUGGAGGUCUUCAGACAGACAGUGGCUGAACAGGUGUUAGUGGGAAGCUACUGUGUCUUCAGCAAUCAGGGAGGGCUGGUGCAUCCCAAGACUUCAAUUGAAGAUCAGGAUGAGCUGUCCUCUCUUCUCCAGGUGCCCCUUGUGGCGGGCACUGUGAACCGAGGCAGUGAGGUGAUUGCUGCUGGGAUGGUGGUGAAUGACUGGUGUGCCUUCUGCGGGCUGGACACAACCAGCACGGAACUGUCGGUGGUGGAGAGCGUCUUCAAGCUGAAUGAGGCCCAGCCCAGCACCAUUGCCACCAGCAUGCGGGAUUCCCUCAUUGACAGCCUCACCUGAGUCACCUUCCAUGCUGCUCCUGGGCUCCAGCCUCUGGACUUUGGCUCCUACCCCCACACCUGACCUGGUCUGGACUUGCUGCUGCCAGGAAGGUGUGGCAGAGGGAUCAGUGAAACGGAGUGGAUGGCCUCUCAGCCCUGCACCGGUCCCAUCUUCUGAAUCUAUUGUUUCUGCAAAAACCCUCUUGUGCUCUGGCUCCUGGAUGAGGAUUCUGCUGUUCUGGGGGACCCCAUUAAAGGGCACCUGCCUCUGGCCAUUCUGAGUGUGCUGUCUGUGGGCCUCAGCCUGUGCAACACCCUCUCCCCAUUUCAAGCAUUCUGGGAGGGCAGAAGGGGAGAGACAUACACAGGACGCAGACGUCUCUGUCAUUAUCAACGGGGCUUCAUCCCGGGGCAAGAGGAAGAAGCACUCCUUUGUGUUCUCACAUUUUCCACACAGCUUGUCUUGGUCUUCUCUGGCUUUCGGAGGAUAAGAAUCCAAUCCAUUGGACAUUCUUGUCCUCUUUGACCUAAGGAAGAUGGGUAGGUCCUGGCUUGGCCUCCAGGGCUAUUGUCACCAGAGCUUAGGUUGACAGUGAGCUCAUGGGAGAGUGGGGCAGUGCCAUGAGUCUGGAUUGUACCGGAAUAGAACCUUGGGGUCUCUGCCCUAGGGUGCUGGGACAGGAUUGGGUGAUCACAUUCUUUGGGUCUUGCCCUUGAGGAACAAAUCACUAGUUUUCAUCCUUGUUGCCUAAGGGAUAGAUCCUUGCAGGGUUUAUCACAGCCAGCAGAGUAAUCUUGCUUGAUCAGCCUGAUCCUACAGGUGGCUUACCUGCCUGAAGUGAGGUUAGAGCAAGGCUGGGCCUGGCAAGCAGCAGGGUCUAGAUGAGUGAACAUAGACCCUGGGUGAUAGCCAGCUGGGCUUCAAGGUGGCCCAUUCCCAAGUGGGGAGCCGGGGCCCAGUGGUCUCCUUGGACAGAUAAUGCUCUCAGGGAUAGAGGGGCCUAUGAGGAUGAGAAGCAGCUGACUCUGGCCACAGCAAGCUGGACCUCAUUACCAGUUAUCAACUGCAGGGGACCAGGCAGGGACCUGAACCUGCCCUCCCCAGGGCCCCCACUGUUGGCUAUCAGAAUGGUAGCAGUGACCUGUUUAGGGCUAAGAAAUAGCUGACCCUGGGCUGCAGCAAUGACCUCACCAUUAAGCUCAAGUUCAAGAUGCUCUGAACUCGCUAGGGGUCCUAGCCCUGGUCCCAGCAGGGACAGAUCAUCUACUGAGACUUGACUUGCUCAGGUCCAGACCUUGGGCUUGGAUCAGGAGAUUGGAGAUGGCAUGGGGAGGAAUGGCAUCAAGAAACCCAGGUCAGACAUGCUGGUCUCAAGAUCCUUACACAAAAUGAAACACUGAAUUAUUGAGUGCCUAGUCUAUGCCACUGUGCUGGGCACUUCACACCAGUUAUUUUUUCUCAUCCUCACAACGUCCUGAAAGGUAGACCUCUUGGUGAAUAGUUAUGGGUUAAGUAUUAUACCCCAUAUUUUACAAAUGUGGGAGUUGAAGCCCAGGGAAUUUGGCUUAGUUGGAAGCAGGUGCAAAUAAAUGGCAGAAGUCUGGGGAUUUAGCUCAGUGGUUCCCCUGCCUGCCUUGAAAGCACAAGGUCCUGAAUUCUAUCCUCAGUACCAAAAAAAAAAGGAAGCAAAUAAAUGGCAGAAUACAGACCUCUGCCAGCUGUGUUCUCCGGCUCUAAAGAGUAUGGUUUUUAUACAGACACGACACAGUUUGCAUUGAUAUCAUGUCCCCAUUUAUGCAAAAUACACUACAGAAAAAAAAAAAAAACACUACAGAGAUGCCCC